AUGGGUGAUCACGUCUUCCUUAAAGUAGCCCCUAUGAGAGGAGUGUUGAGAUUUGGGAAGAAGGGCAAACUGAGCCUGAGAUUCGUGGGACCAUUUGAAGUCCUAGAAAGGAUAGGGCCCGUGGCCUAUAGACUAGCAUUGCCACCCACACUCGCCGCAGUGCACAACGUAUUCCAUUUAUCGAUGUUGAGAAAGUACAACCCAGAUCCCACUCACAUCAUUGAUCAUGAGACGCUUCCCAUUCGGAAGGACCUAUCAUAUGAGGAGAAACCCAUAGGGAUAAUGACACAUGAUGUAAGGAGACUACGAAGAAUGGAGAUUCCCUUAGUCAAGGUUUUAUGGAAAAACCAUCGAGACAAUGAGGCCACCUGGGAAUGUGAGGAUGAAAUGAGGAGAUCUUACUCCGAACUCUUUCAGGGAGGAUCAACUUUCAAGGACGAAAGUUCCUAA